AUGCCGCUCCUCCCGAGCGGUGGCCUUUUCGGAGACGACAACCCAGCACUCUCUCGUCGGGCGCAUCUAGUUCUGACGUUCCUUCUGUCAUUUUACGUUCACACCCUUCCUCCCGAUGUUCCCAUUCUCAUACCGAAAGCUCUGUCUAUUCCAUUGCUCCAAGUUUCACGAUAUUUAGUUAUGCCACCGGUAGUGACAUAUUCUGACACGGUCCUUUACAACUGGAACACACAGGUCUCUUCGAAGCGAGGAUCUCUCUUCCGGUUGCUUGUGCACCGUUUCUUGCACAGCCGUGAAACCGACAAAUACCGUUCAGGCCCCGUUAAGCCCUUGUGCAUCUCUCCUAGCCGAAAACAUCCGCUCGCAGACUCUACUCACGGGUUUGGAUGA